GAGAUCCACAAUAAAGAUCAAAUUAACCAUAAUUACACUUGUAAACAUUUUGUGUGUCUGUGUCAACUGCGGCGGCGGUAGAAUAAUUUUGAUUCCGUUAUCUGUCGGGUAAAGUUUAGCUAUGGCGCUUUAGUUUUCUCCCCCCCUGAUAACGACAAUUUUUCUGACUAAUUAUGGAUCGGUAACUAUGAGUCGCUAAAUUAUAUAAAUACGGUGAAAAAUCCCCCCCUAAGCCAGUUUAACAAAGUUGAUUUUCCUUUAAUUAUCUAAACUUCAUAGACAAUGACUCAAUUCGGUAAACCAAUCAGUUUAAUCCAUAAUUUCACUACCAAAUCAGGUAAAGCCAUCACUUUAGGUACGGGUACCGGUACGAAAUGGCAAUGGCUUAAAAAAGGGAGACCUGAAGAUGAACAACAUACUUUACAUCAAGAUUUAGUAGAUCAAUUGGUGUUAGCUUUGGAAAAUGGUUAUAAUCAUAUUGAUACCGCUGAAGUUUAUACCACUCAUCCAGAAGUCGCUGCUGCUGUCAAACAAAGUGGGAUCAAAAGAGAAGAUGUAUUUAUCACUACUAAAUAUAAUCCUGGUUUUCGUACUUUUGUAGCUGCAUCUAAAAGUCCAACUGAAUUCAUUGAUAUUGCCUUAAAGGAAUUACAAACCGAUUAUGUUGAUUUAUUCCUUAUUCAUUCUCCAUUCUUUGGUGAAGUCAUUUCUCAUGGUCAAACCAUUGAAAGUGCUUGGAAAGAAUUAAUCGAUGCUAAAAAAUCAGGUAAGGUUAGAGAAAUUGGAGUUUCAAAUUUUGCUGUACCUCAUAUUGAAAAAGCCAUUAAAGUAUCUGAAUCAAAAGAAUAUCAACCAAAAGUGAAUCAAAUUGAAUUCCAUCCAUAUUUACAAAAUCAAACCAAAGAUAUUCUUAAAUUCGCUAAGGAAAAUGAUAUUUUAAUCGAAGCUUAUGGUCCAUUAACUCCAUUAUUCAGAAUAAAGAAAGAUGGAAAGGAAGUUGAUGAUCACCCAUUGAAACCUGUAUUAGCCAAAUUAUCUGAAAAAUAUGGUAAGACAGAUUCUCAAAUCUUAUUAAGAUAUACUUUACAAAAGGGAAUCUUACCAAUUACAACUUCAUCAAAAGUUGAAAGAAUUAGACAAUCAUUAGAUAUUUAUAAUUUCGAAAUCUCAAAGGAAGAUGUCGAAGAAAUCGAAUCUGUUGGUGCUUCUUAUCCAUUCAGAGGAUUCUUCGAUGAAGAAUUCAAAGAUUUCGAUUAAACAAAAAACUAUUUUAAAUAAUAUUAAUUUUGUAUUGUUUGUAAGACUA